UUUGGUUUCUUUCUUCUUCCCCAGAUUUUUCAUCAUUUUCCUAGGGAAGUUAUCACCUGACUUUUGUGUGGACAGCUGAUCUUGUCUUUAAAUCUCCCUCUUGUUAUCAAGAAACAGAUUCUUGGUUUUGAUUUGGAUCCAAGAAGAUGGUGAAAGGGAAGAUCGAGAUCAAGAGAAUCGAUAACCCAACGAGUAGGCAAGUCACGUUCUCCAAGCGUAGGAAAGGUCUCCUGAAGAAGGCUCACGAGCUUUCAGUUCUAUGCGAUGCUCAAGUCGCAGCCAUUGUCUUUUCUCAGAAAGGCAAACUAUACGAAUACGCUAGCUCCGACAUGAAGAAGAUGAUGGAACGAUGUGAGUUACAUAGAAGGGAAUAUUUUCAUGAAGAGAGACUCCAAAAAGAGCAGCAGGUGCAGGAUCUCAAGGAUGAAAUCACGAUUAUGGUGAACUCCAUUGAACUUCUUCAACGUCAUUGCCGGAGGCUAAUGGGGGAAGAUUUAGAUACUUGUUCGGUGGAGGAGCUCAAAGAGAUAACUAUUCAAAUUGAGAAAAGCCUUACUAUUGUUAGAUCAAGGAAGGCUAAGUUAAAUGAAGAUGAGGUGGGGAAACUAAAAGCAGAGAUUGCAGGAAAAAGAGAGCUGUUAAACGAGCGAACUAGGCUGCACGAAAUGUUUGAAGAAAAGACCUUGUGGAUGCAGUCGAGGAACUUAGAGAGUGAGAAGAAUGCAUCUUCCUCUGCCUGUGAAAACAUGCACAUAUCCAAUGUCGAAACUGAUUUGUUCAUCGGAUUGCCUAGAAGCAGAGUGUAA